AUGGCCACUAGAAACAGGACAGAAGUAACUGAAUUUGUCUUAUUGGGCCUGUCCAGCUGGCCAGAGAUGCAGCCAGUUAUUUUUGGGAUUUUCCUUGCCAUGUACCUGGUAGCACUUCUGGGCAAUGCCCUAUUAGUAAUUGUUGCCCUCACAGACCCCAAGCUUCAGACACCAAUGUAUUUCCUGUUCAGUCAGCUUUCCUCUAUUGAUAUGUUUCUGACAACCAUCACUGUUCCCCCACAGCACACACUGUCUGUAAACAGAACCAUCUCCUUUGAUUGCUGCAUGAUCCAGCUGUUCUUUUUUAUGGCUGUGGGCAGCAUGGAAGGUCACUUGCUGGCUGCCAUGGCCUAUGACUGCUAUGUUGCCAUCUGUGACCCCUUAAGAUACUCUGCCAUCAUCAGCCAUCACCUCUGUCUACGCAUAACCUUGACCUCAUGGGUGGUCAUCACUAACAACCUCCUUUAUAGUGUGUUGGUCACCCGCUUACCUUUUUGUGACAACCAAGUCACCCACUUCUUCUGUGACAUCACACCCUUGCUGAAGUUCUCCUGCACCCAACCAGUGGUCAAUGAAAUGCUAAUAUGUACUGAGGGUGUAGCUGUGGUGGUCAGCCCCUUCUUCUUCAUUUUAGGCUCCCAUGCCUGCAUUGGCGUUGCCAUAGCCCACAUGCACUCAGUUGCUGCCCUGUGCAAAGCCCUGUCCACAUGUAGCUCCCACAUUCUGGUUGUGCUGCUCCUGUAUGGCUCUGUGAUCGGCAUGUACCUCCGGCCAUCUUCCAGCUAUGACUUGGACCAGGAUCGCCAAGUUGCCGUCUUUUACACAGUAGUUACCCCUAUGCUAAACCCACUGAUCUAUAGCUUGAGGAACCAGGAAGUUAAGAGAGCUCUGCGAAGGCUUUUCAGGAAACUCUGCAUCUCAGGAAACUUCCAACGUGGUUCCUAG